UAUCGCAUCCGCGAGAAAUAUCCAAAAUCAAGCAGCGACUGUUGCCGCUUAGACACUUCAUCAUAUUUCCUCGCAUCAAGUCACCGUCAUUCGAGAUGGCUAUCCCCGAGCUGAUGGGGUCGGUGACCUCAAGCCAGCUCUGGAGCUUUGGCGCUCUUUUCCUCGUCCUGUCCUUCAUCGUCGACUUCGCCAGCCAUCCGCAGUAUCCCCGCCAGAUUCCCGUCAUGGGCAAGGGACAUGGAAUUCUCAAUGCCUUUUUAGACAGCUUCCGAUAUGUCACAAACUAUGUGGACUGGAUCAGAGACGGCUACAACAAAUUUGGCAAGAAGGGCAUGCCGUUCAUUGUGCCAGCGCCGUUCUCCCGGCCCCCCGAGGUCGUCAUGCCUCGCGACCAGUUGGCCUGGCUAUUUGACCAACCGGACAACAUUCUGUCAACCUACGACGCCCACAACGCAGUGCUCUUUUCCGAAUACAAUUUCCUCGGCCGUCGCCUAGCAUACGACCCGUUUCCCAACCGUGUCAUCCACAAGCAUCUGGCGCGCCAUCUGUCCACCGUCAUCCCCCACGUCGACGACGAGAUUCAGCACGCCGUAGACACGGCACUUGGAACGGACACGGACAACUGGAAGUCGAUAAAGCUAUGGAACCUCUGGCUAGAAAUCGUCCCACGCGUCACCAACAGGCUUCUUAUAGGGCCAGAGAUCUGCCGCAACAAGCAAUUCCUUGACGGGAUGGUCAAGUUCGCUGACGAUAUCGUUCGAAAUGGCCUUUUGCUGCAGCUGAUCCCCAAGGUCCUUCAUCCCAUAUUCGGACGACUCUUGAGUAUCUUCAACUACCUCCACUGGCGCUCAUCCAACACCCAAGCCCAGCCCGUCAUCCAGAAGCGCCUCGACGCCAUGUUGAAAAAAGCCGCCGUUGAUGAAGAAUACAAGGACUACACGCCGCCUGAAGACUUCAUCACCUGGUUGAUCCGACAAGCCCUCCUUGAACAAAAGACCGACGAGCUUGACUCUACCGUCAUAAGUCGGCGACUCUUGCCAAUUGAGUUUGCCGCUAUUCACACCACUGUUCUCACAGGCCAGCUCUGGAUGCAAGAUCUCCUCACCUCCGACCCGGAAACCGGCAUUCUCGACAUUCUCCGCGCCGAAGUCAUUGCCAACAAGCCCUCUUCUGGCCCCUGGACAAAGGCCGCCAUCUCCAACCUCGUCCGCCUCGACUCCUCCAUUCGUGAGUCUCAAAGGCUGAGCAAUUUUGCCGCUACGUUGAUCGAGCGAACAGUCGUCGCCCAGAACGGCCUAUAUAAUCCCGACCUGGGCUGGACUUUGCCAAAGGGAAGUUUUGUCACCGUCAACCUCGAGGGAACGCACCACGAUCCAGAUCUGUACCCUAAUCCCCAUUCGUACGAUCCUCUCCGUUAUUCUCGACUGAGAGAAGCCUGGGAUGCGAAGUCGGAUGAAGAGAAGAAGCGCGAUGCCGCCGAGGGGACCAAGAUUCGAGGCCUUGGAAUGGUUACCACGAGCGCGCAGCAUCUCGCUUUCGGCCACGGCAGACAUGCAUGUCCCGGACGAUUCUUUGUCGCGCACGAACUCAAGCUCAUCAUGGCUCACAUUCUCCUCAACUACGACAUCAAGCUGGUCGGCAAGGUGCCCGAAAAGGUUUGGAUAGGCUCCUCAAUCUUUCCUCAUCUGAAAGCAGAGAUCCAGGUGCGACGGAAGAAGACGCAAGCGUGAGAAGAGCCGGAAUGCGCAUCAAGCAUAGAGUUGCAACGAAAUCGGUCGGACUCUGUGGACGAAAAGAGCUUAUUAUAGGGCACGCUGAUAC